AUGAACGAUACUGGCCCGGUGACAUUUUUCAUCAUUGAAGGACUGAGAGACAAGUACAUGCUCCUGUUUGCCAUUUUCCUGACCGUCUACAUACUCGUACUGGGAGGAAACAGUAUGAUUAUUUACCUGGUUUGGACAGACUCCAGACUCAACUCGCCCAUGUACUUUUUCCUCCACAACCUGUCUUUCUCAGACAUGGUCUACACGUCAGUGACCAUCCCCAACAUGCUCUCAGGCUUCCUGACUGACGUCAAGACCAUCUCUAAAACAGGCUGCUUUGUGCAGAUGUACGUUUUCCUUUCUAUGGCAGUGACUGGACGUGCUUUGUUAACAGUAAUGGCCUUUGACCGUUACGUGGCUAUCUGUAACCCCCUGCGUUACACAACCAUCAUGACUCGGCAAGUUCGUGUUCUUCUUAUAUUCUCUGCCUGGGGGUUUGGAUGGCUGAUUACCCUUCCUGCCCUGAGUUUGGCUGCACCCCUGCCCUUCUGUGGGCCUAACCGGGUGAGCCACAUCUUCUGUGACCACUCCUCUGUCGUUCGCCUGGCCUGCACUGACACUCAAAGAAACAGCGUAGUGUCCCUGACAUUUGCGCUAAUCGCUAUCAUCGGUACGUUCCUCCUCAUUCUGGCCUCCUACAUCAGCAUCGGCAAAGCGAUUGUCGGAAUGGGUACGGCUGAACGGCUCAAAGCUUUCGCUACGUGCGCGUCUCACCUGAUAGUCGUCUGUAUCUCAUACGUGUCGGCUUCCUGCGUCUACAUAUCCUAUCGCGUGGCCACGUUUGACCCAGACGUGCGUCUCAUAGUCGCUGUGCUUUAUUCUGUCCUGACCCCUGUGCUGAACCCGAUCAUUUACAGCCUGAGGAAUAAGGAGCUACGAGACGCAGUGAAGAGGGCUUUCUGUCGAUGUGGCACUGGACGAAUGAGAAAGACCAUCCCAGCUGUCUCCUGA